AUGAAGGAGAAGAGCAAGAACGCGGCCCGCAGCCGGCGCGAGAAGGAGAACGCCGAGUUCCUGGAGCUGGCCAAGCUGCUGCCGCUGCCCGCCGCCAUCACCUCACAGCUCGACAAGGCCUCCAUCAUCCGCCUCACCACCAGCUACCUCAAAAUGCGACACGUCUUCCCCGACGGUCUGGGCGACGCGUGGGGAGCGGCGCCGCCGCCGGCGAAUCCGCGUGAGUCCUGCAUCAAGGAGCUGGGUUCGCACCUCCUGCAGACCCUGGAUGGCUUCAUCUUCGUGGUGGCGCCCGACGGCAAGAUCAUGUACAUCUCCGAGACGGCGUCCGUGCACCUCGGCCUCUCCCAGGUGGAGCUGACGGGCAACAGCAUCUACGAGUACAUACACCCGGGAGACCACGAGGAGAUGACCUCCGUCCUCAGCAGCGCGCAGCCCGUCUUCACGCACAACCCGCUGGUGCACGAAUUCGAACUCGAACGAGCGUUCUUUUUGCGAAUGAAGUGCGUCCUGGCCAAGAGGAAUGCCGGCCUCACGACGGGGGGCUACAAGGUGAUCCACUGCUCUGGCUACCUGAAGGUGAAGCAGUUCACUCUGGAGUCUUCUCCGUACGACAGCUGCUACCAGAACGUGGGGCUCGUCGCGGUGGGUCACUCGCUGCCCCCCAGCGCCAUCACCGAGAUCAAGCUGCAUUGCAACAUGUUCAUGUUCCGCGCCAGCCUCGACCUCAAGCUCAUCUUCCUCGACGCCAGGGUGGCGCAGCUGACGGGCUACGAGCCGCAGGACCUGAUCGAGAAGACGUUGUACCAGUAUAUCCACGGCUGCGACAUGAUGCACAUGCGAUACGCACACCAUACGCUUUUGUUCAAGGGCCAAGUAACAACGAAAUACUACCGGUUUCUGACGAAGGAUGGUGGCUGGGUGUGGAUGCAGAGCUACGCCACGAUCGUCCACAAUAGCCGAUCCUCGCGGCCUCAUUGCGUCGUUAGCGUCAACUACGUGCUCAGCGAGCAGGAGUUGAAGGAGCUGGUGCUGAACGUGGAGCAGAUCGCGGGCCGCGAGGAGCUGGGGUCUGAGGGCCCGCCGGCCAAGGCGCGCUCGCCCGUGCGGCAGGCCAAGUUCCGGCCGCUGGCGGCGCCGGCUGCCGCGCCCACGCCCGACGACGACUACAGCGACUCGUCGAGCGGCGCGCUCGCCGGCUACGCGGCCGACUACGUGGGGCCGCCCCCGCAGUACCCCGCAGCCGGCGGCUACGAGGAGCCCGCCUUCUACUCCGAGCUGUUCUACCCGUACGCCGAGCCGCGGCCGUUCAGCUCGUCGUCCAGCAGCUGCAGCAGCUCGGAGAGCGACGUGCAGCCGCCGGCCUUCUGCAUGCCGCUGCACGGGCCCGCCGCGCCCCAGCAGCCGCAGUUCGGCCUCGCCUGCAGCUUCGGCGACGGCCAGCAGGGCGCCGGCCAGCCCUACCACCACCACCACCACCACCACCAUCACCACCAGCAGCAGGCGGCGCUGGCGCAGCCCGGCUACACCAGCGUCAUCGUCGACACGCAGCAGUACCAGCUGGCCAACGAGUACGUCCGCUGA